AUGCAAAAGAAUGUCCACCCAUCGUGGACCGAAGACUACUCCAUUUGUUUGGUAACCUUCCUCAACUCGAUUCUCUUCCAUACCAUGAUUUAUUUGGUUCUCUCUCCAUUACUCUCUCGACACUUUAAAUCGUAUCGGGAAGGUGAUGAGGAAACGAAAAUUGAGUGGAAUUCUCGAGUGGUGAGUAAUGUACACGCCAUUCUUUAUGUCUUGCUGAGUUGCUAUUCCAUCUUUGUAGAGAAUGCGUUUCCUAACUUGUCCAUUGAUGAAGCUACAAAGAUGUCUCGAGUGGCUGUUCUCUAUGCAGGUGGAUACUUUUUCUAUGAUUUGAUACUAAUUAUUAGAUAUCCGAAGCUUGGAGGUAUUGCCAUGCUAUUCCACCACGGUUUUGUCUUGGUUGGAAUUAUUUGUAUUUGGUUUUGUGACAAGUAUUGGGUAGUUUUGUGUUAUUACUCAAUUCUUGAAGUGUCAACACCUUUUGUGAAUGGAAGGUGGUUCUUGAUGUGUUGUGGAUUGAAGGAUUCUGUGUAUUAUUGGAUGAAUAAUUUAUUGGUAUGGCUUGUUUUUGGAUUGUGCAGAAUGCCAUUUGUCAUCUUCGGUCCAUACUUGAUUUAUGUCAACAACACGAGAAUGUUUGCACAUAACACCUUCUUUGCUAUUUUCCUCUAUAUUCAAAUUGCAAAUAUUAGUAUUUUGAAUAUUUACUGGUAUAGCCUCAUGUCCAAGAAACUUGUUCAAACUGCGUCUUCCAUGUUAAAAGGAAAGAAGGAAUAA